AUGCAAUUGAGUUAUCAUACGGUGUGGGGUGUAACGCCAUCGUUGCAUUCUCCGCUGAUGUCAGUGACAAACGCAAUCUCGGGCACUACCGCAGCCGCAGCGUUGUGUGUUAUGGGUGGUGGCUUAUACCCGACCACUCCAUCUCAGACAUUGGCUGCAUCUGCUGCAUUCUUAUCCGCGAUUAAUAUCGGGGGUGGUUUUUUGAUUACGAAGCGAAUGUUGGAUAUGUUUAGAAGACCGACUGAUCCACCAGAAUACAAUUAUCUGUAUUCGAUACCAGCUGGUGUGUUUUUGGGUGCGUACGCAUAUGGAUUUCAACAUGGUUAUCCUGAAAUACAUUCGUUGACGUAUUUGGGGUCAUCAUUAUGUUGUGUUGGUGCUUUAGCUGGUCUUUCUUCUCAGCAUUCGUCUAGACUUGGAAAUACGUUAGGUUGUUAUAUCAUCAUUCAUUAUUUGUUAUUAUUACAUUUGUAG